GGUACAUACCCAGGCGGCACCAUGGAGGGGCGCAGAGCAGGAGGAUGUCACAGGAGCAAGAGCGCAGCAGCGGCCAGCCGGGAACCCCGGAGUCCGGGGAGCCCAGGCCCGAUCAGGGCCUGAUGGAGUGGGGCCAGGUCUAUCUGGUGACGGGCGGCUGCGGGUUCCUGGGCUCCCAUCUGGUGCGGAUGCUGGUGGAGCGGUCGCCCAACGUGGCCGAGGUGCGCGUCUUCGAUCUGCAGCUGGAUCCGGCCCUGGGGCAGCUGGGGACAGACAAGGUGAAGGUGACCCUGAUCUUGGGGGACAUCAGUAGCCCCACGGACGUUGGGGCUGCCGUGAAGGGAGCAGAUGUAGUGAUCCACGCAGCCAGCUUGGUGGAUGUGUGGGGCAGGGUCCCGCCCGAGAAGAUCACGGAGGUGAACGUUCACGGGACCAAGAACGUGAUUGACGCCUGCAUCGAACAUGGGACCCAGUAUCUGAUCUACACCAGCAGCAUGGAGGUUGUGGGCCCCAACAUCAAGGGGGAUCCCUUCUACAGGGGGAAUGAGGACUCAGCCUACGAUGCCCAGCACGAGCAGCCGUACCCCCUGAGCAAGGCGCAGGCCGAGCGCAUGGUCAUCGAGGCCAAUGGGACUCCUCUAGGGGGCGGUCGGUGGCUGGUGACCUGUGCCCUGCGCCCCACGGGGAUCUAUGGGGAGAAACACCCGCUAAUGAAGGAAUUCUAUGAGAAGGGGCUGCAGACGGGACGGAGGCUGCUCCGGGCCAUUCCCGUCAGCACCGAGCACGGCCGGGUCUACGUGGGCAACGUGGCCUGGAUGCACGUGCUGGUGGCACGGCAGAUGCAGGAGGCCCCGGCGGCUAUCGGGGGCCAGGUCUACUUCUGCUACGAUGCCUCCCCCUACAAGAGCUACGAGGACUUUAACAUGGAGAUCCUGGCCUCCUGCGGCUUCCGCCUCCUGGGCUCCCAGCCCGUCGUGCCCCACUGGCUCCUGCGCUGCCUGGCCCUGGCCAAUGACCUCCUCCGGCGGCUUCUCCGGCCCUUCUUUUCCUAUGCCCCUCUGCUCAACCCAUACACCCUGGCCGUGGCCAGCACCACCUUCACGGUGCAGACGGACAAGGCCCAGCGCCACUUCGGCUACCAGCCCCUCUACAGCUGGGAGGAGAGCCGAGCCCGCACGGUGGCCUGGCUCCAGGAGGUCGACGCCCAGAGAGAGGCAGGGAAGUAGGGCAGGUGGGGGACUGAGCAGCUGGGCCUUGGUUCCAGCCUGCGUGUUUCUUCGCAAUGAAUCCGGCUCCGGAGAGAGGGAUCCAGAUCCAGGUGUUGUUCCAACCCACCAGUGCGGGGGGGUGGGGGGGAAUCUGGAUCCGGGUUUUACUUCCAUGGGUGUCACGGAAGGGGGGAAGGGAAUCUGGAUUCAGAUUUUGCUUCCAUCCCAUGUGUGUCAGAGCAGGGGAUGUGUGAAUCCAGAUCUGGAUUUUGAUUCAGCCCAUGGGUAUCAGGGCGGGGGAUGUGGGACUCCGGAUCCGGGUUUUGCUCUGAUCCGACCUCCAGCCUUCCAGUGAAUCUGGCUCCAUGGAGAUAGAUUCCAGAUCCGGGUUUUGCUUCCAGCCUGUGCCCCUCAGUGCAGAGGGAUUUGCCAGCCCAGGUCUUGUCUCAUCCCGGCACACAGCGGACGUGGUUACCUUGGGAUCCAGAUCCAUGUUCCCCUCCCAGAGUCCAGCUUUUGCCCCCUCCCACCCCAGUGCACUGCUGCAGACCAUCCCACGCUGAUCGCAAAUGGAUCCGGAUCUGGAUUGUGUUACCAUCCUGGUGCUUUGGUCCAGAUCCCCAGAGCACUUCUGGGGAGGAACCAACUGUACCGUAACGGGAUCUGGACCUGCAGCCCCCCAGCCCCAUGUCAUCGCAGAGGCUGGUCAGACAGCUGGACCCGGAUCCUACUCAGAUGGCUCCUGGACUCCAUUCUCCAUUGAGAUCCCACUCCGGGAUUUCUUUCCAGCCUAUGUAUUAUCCACCAGCCUGGACUCCAUUCUCCAUGGAAGCCAACCUGCCCAUUAGACCUGUUGGAUUGGAGUCCAUUCCCCAUCAAAAUCCAGCUCCAGACUUUCCUUCAGCGCACCAAUACCUCUGAUCUAAGCAUUAAUUUCCUCAAUAGUUAUUAAUUAUUAUAAUUUUAUUAUGACUAAUUAUAAGAAGAGGCUGAACGUCCACAGCACGUUCCACACAGACGCCCCAAGCAAAGUCUAGUAACUUAUGUAUUAAUUAAACUCUUAAAGGAU